AUCAGUUCAACUCGCUCUGUGUUGAAGUCGCAAUCCCGGAACCGAACCCGAAUCCGAACACGAACCAUGAACCCCAUGAAAGUGCUCAGCCUUCUGGCUGUCCUGGCGGUGGCCGCCAUGGGCAAGCCCAACAACCGCAUGGACAACUCCGUUAGCCAGGCCCUGAAGCCGUCCCAGUGGCUCUCCGGCUCCCAGCUGGAGGCCAUUCCGGCAGUGGAUGACCUUACCCUCGAGCGUCUGGAGAACAUGAGCCUGGAGAAAGGAGCAGAGUUGGUUCAGCAGAUUUACCAUCUGUCUCAGAUCCACCACAAUGUGGAGCCCAACUUCGUGCCUAGCAACAUUCAGGCUUACGUGCCCAAGCCUAAUGGCGAGAAAUUGGCGGCUCCCCUGAACGAGAUGAUCCAGCGCCUGAAACAGAAGCAGAACUUCGGCGACGAUGAGGUGACCAUCAUUCUGACCGGCCUGCCCCAGACCACCGAAACCGUUAAGAAGGCCACCCGGAAGCUGGUCCAGGCCUACAUGCAGCGAUACAACCUGCAGCAGCAGCGCCAGAAGGGCAAGAACACCAACCAGGACUACGACUAUGGAAGCGAGAAGCGCAACCAGCGCACCAGUAGCGAGGAGAACUCCAGCGAGGAGGUUAAGAACGCCAAGACCCAGAGCGGAGACAUCAUUGUGAUCGAUCUAGGCUCCACCCUGACCAACUACAAGCGCUACGCCAUGCUAGACAUUGAGAAGACUGGAGCCAAGAUCGGCAAGUGGAUCGUCCAAAUGGUCAACGAGCUUGACAUGCCUUUCGAUACCAUCCAUCUGAUUGGUCAGAACGUGGGCGCCCAUGUCGCCGGAGCCGCCGCCCAGGAGUUCACCCGCCUCACCGGACACCAGCUGCGUCGCGUCACCGGUCUGGAUCCCUCCAAGAUUGUAGCCAAAAGCAAGAACACUCUGACCGGACUGGCCCGCGGCGAUGCAGAAUUCGUUGAUGCAAUCCACACAUCCGUUUAUGGCAUGGGCACCCCUAUUCGCUCAGGAGACGUCGACUUCUACCCCAACGGACCCGCCGCCGGAGUGCCCGGAGCCAGCAACGUAGUGGAAGCUGCCAUGCGCGCCACCCGCUACUUCGCAGAGUCCGUCCGCCCUGGAAACGAGCGCAGCUUCCCCGCCGUCCCAGCCAACUCCCUGGAGCAGUACAAGCGCAAUGAUGGUUUCGGCAAGCGCGCUUACAUGGGCAUCGACACCGCCCACGACCUCGAAGGCGACUACAUCCUCCAGGUCAACGCUCAGAGCCCCUUCGGCCGCAACGCUCCCGCCCAAAAACAGAGCAGCUACCAUGGCGUUCAUCAGACGUGGAGCAGCAAGGACAACAAGGACUACGAAUAAGGACCACGCUCGCAUUACCCCCUCCCCUCCCGCAAACCACAACCGCGACCCAGCUCGGGACCGUGGACUGGAAAGCCUGUUAGUUUAAGUCGAUUUGAAUUGGCAUUUUCUUGAGUAACUUUUUGCAAGCAGAGCUCAAAAUUCAACAUGCAAUAAACGCAAAAGACUCUUUUUGAAAAAGAGCUUGAACGUAAACAAA